ACUGUCCUAUAGGCAGAGCUCAGUUUUGGUUUUCAGUCUUAAAUUAGUUUUGAACGUCAACGAAACGUUCGACGCACAGCGUUCAGCGUUGGCAGCUUGACGGAUCGUCUAAAUAAGUGCACUUCAUUUUCGAAGUAUUUACAAUAACAUCAUAUAAAAGAAACAUAAACAACCCACCAAAAUGUCGAAACCAGUACCAAUGUCAACAUCUAAUACUGAAAAUGACCUACAAAAUCUUCGCAAACCGGAACCAUUUAGUUUCAGUGAUUUUCUAUAUAAUCCCGAGAAGGGUACAGUUAUGGGAAGAGAUCGUAAAUCAUGGGCUAAAAUCGGCACGUUUUAUUUUGCUUUCUAUGGAGUUCUUGGUGCACUUGUUGCCAUUUGCAUGUGGGCAUUCUUCCAGACAUUAGACCCACGAAUACCGAAAUGGACAUUGGAUAGUUCAAUCAUUGGUACAAAUCCAGGUCUUGGAUUUCGUCCUCUGCCACCAGUUGAUAAUGUGGAGAGCACAUUGAUAUGGUAUAAGGGCACACAACACGAGAACUAUAAGCAUUGGACAGACUCAUUAGAUGAUUUUCUUGCAGUGUACAAAGUGCCCGGAUUGACUCCUGGACGUGGACAAAAUAUUUACAACUGCGACUACAAUCAACCACCACCAAAAGGGCAGGUGUGCGAUGUAGAUAUCAAGUCAUGGUCUCCAUGUACUAAGGAGAAUAACUACAGUUAUCACAAGAGCUCCCCAUGCAUUUUUCUCAAGCUAAACAAGAUAUACGACUGGAGGCCCGAUUUUUACAAUAGUUCGCAGGAUUUGCCAGCUGCCAUGCCCGAAAAUUUGAAGACGUACAUUGCCGAUAUCGAAAAGAAGGAGGCACACAAACUUAACACAAUUUGGGUCUCUUGCGAGGGAGAGAAUCCGGCUGAUCAAGAGAACAUUGGCCCAGUCAACUAUUUGCCCAUUCGCGGCUUUCCAGGUUAUUUCUACCCAUACCAGAACUCAGAAGGAUAUUUGAGUCCCCUUGUUGCCGUGCACUUUCAGCGCCCGAAACGGGGCAUUAUUAUCAACAUCGAAUGCAAAGCCUGGGCACGCAACAUUGUUCACGAUCGCAAGGAAAGAAUCGGAUCGGUACACUACGAGCUUUUGAUCGAUUAAUGAGAGACUAAAGAAAGGCAAGAAAAUGUUAGUAACUAAUAGAUGUUUACUCUAUUGUCUCUAAUAGUCAGAAUAUAAUAACAAACACAACACCAUAUUUAUAUUUUUCCUAACAACUACAAAUAACAUCAAAAACACAACUUUGCUAUUAUUAUACAUAUGCAUAUAUACCACCAAGAUAAAAAUCGAGUUUGAUAAAUGCAAAAAGAAAAUUUUUUUGAUAAUGCAAUCUUUGAAUACAACUCCUUUUUAAAUUAUACAAAACGCUAAAUUAAAUGUAAGCUAAUUACGAAUCUCAUUAAGAAUGGUUCCAUGCUAUAACUAUUUUACGUGUUAUUGCUUAUUUAAAUUAACAUUUAAAAAAAUACAAAAACGGAGGCAAACUAAAAAUAAAUUAAAUUUGAAAAUGAUAAUAAAACUGCCAUUUAGAAGUGGAAAUUUGUACAAGAAAGCUAAAUUCUUGUUGAAUGUACUCUUCAAUUAUAGUUAUGUGAAAUCCACUCUAAACAGGAAACCGAAUUAUAAUAAUAAUUUAUUAUUAUAAUAGGAGUUCACAUAUUUAAAGUUAACAAAGUAAAUCGUUUCGACCAAGAGAUGUACAACUUAGAUCUACAGUUCAACUUCAAUUUGGGAGCCAACAAAAUUUUCCAAAAAGAGUGAAACCAAAAAAAUUUAAAUGCAUAAAAUACAACAAAUUUUAUACACAAUAUUUAUAUACAGUAUCCUACGAAGAAUAUUUUAAUCUAUUUACAAAGAAACAUAAAUAAAAGAUGCAAGUCAAAUGAAAUGUAUAACAAUCAACUCAAUAAA